AUGAAAGAAAUCUACCUUAAUGGACCAGUAGAAGUUGGGUUCGAUGUUUACGAAGACUUCAAGCAUUACACGGGUGGAAUAUAUCAUGUAAGCUGUGGUGAUAAUUGCCUAGGAGGUGAGCUUAGAGGAGGUCACGCUGUCAAGCUUCUGGGCUGGGGAGUCGAAAAUGAUGUAAAAUAUUGGCUUCUUGCUAACUCAUGA